CUACGACUAGUUUACUGUCUUCCUAUUUAGCACCUCUGAAUAUGACUUUAUGUUGUGGCAUUUUCGAUUAGGUCACCCGAACAUUACGUAUAUGAGAUAUUUGUUUCCCCAUCUCUUUCUUAAAAUAGAUGUCUCCUCGUUAUCUUGUGAUGUGUGCAUUCGAGCAAAACACCAUCGUGUUUCUUUUCUCUCACAACCAUAUAAACCCACACAACCAUUUACGCUUAUUCAAAGUGACGUUUGGGGUCCCGCCAAGGUCACCACCUCAUCUGGGAAAAGGUGGUUUGUAACUUUUAUUGAUGAUCAUACCUGGGUCUACCUUAUCAUCGAUAAAUCUGAGGUUUUCGCUAUUUUCCAAAACUUCUAUCACACCAUUGAAACACAAUUCGAUAAAAAAGUGGCUAUUCUUCGGUGUGAUAAUGGUCGGAAAUUCCAAAACCAUAACCUUAGUGAAUUUCUAGCCUCUAAGAGGAUUUGUUCACCAAAGCUCGUGCGCCUACACUCAACAAAAUGGAGUGGCCGAGCGAAAAAAACCGUCACCUUCUGGAAGUAGCCUGUUCCUUUAUGCUUUCCACUUCCCUUCCUUCAUACCUGUAAGGAGAUGCUAUUCUUGUGAUAGCUCAUUUAAUCAAUAGAAUGUCUUCUCGUAUCCUCCAUCUUCAGACUCUCUUAGAAUGUCUUAAGAAGUCCUAUCCCUCUACUCGUCUUGUUUCAGAGGUUCCUCUUCGUGUGAUUGGGUGUACCGCUUAUGUCCAUAGUUUUGGCCUUAAUAAGACCAAAUUUAUCCCCUCGGGUUCAGGCUUAUGUGUUUGUUGGGUAUCCCCUUCACCAGCGUGGUUAUAAAUGUUUUCACCUGUCGUCUAGAAAAUACUGUCACUAUGGAUGUUACUUUCUAUGAGGACCGACCCUAUUUUCCCGUUAGCCAUCUUCAGGGGGAGAGUGUUAGUGAGGAGUCUAACAACACCUUUGAAUUUAUCGAACCUACUCCUAGUACCGUGUCUGACAUUGAUCCUCACCCUAUAAUCCUACCUACAAACCAAGUUCCUUGGAAACCAUAUGACAGGAGGAAUCUCAAAAAGGAAGUUGGAUCCUCUAUCAGUCAGCCGCCGACUCUAGUCCAAGACUUUAAACCUCCUCGAGAUCAAGUGGUGAUGAGAUUGAGGUCAGAACAAAAACCAGUAACAAUGAAGCUUAAUAGAGCCAUACAGUUCAGAGCUUUUACUGCCAACCUUGACUCUACCACAAUACCGAAAAAUAUUUAUAUUGCUUUAGAGUGUCCUGAAUGGAAGAAUGUUGUCAUGGAGAGAUGAAAGCUCUUGAAAAGAAUAACACUUGAGAGAUCUGUGCUCUACCCAAGGGACACAAGCCUGGAGGAUGAAAAUGGGUGUUCACUCUCAAAUACAAGCAAAUGGAACACUUGGCAGACACAAGACAAGGUUAGUUGCAAAAGGAUUUACUCAGACCUAUGGUGUUGAUCAUUCAGAAAUUUUUUCUCCUGUUGCUAAGUUGAAUACUGUCAGAGUCCUUCUUUCUAUUGUUAUAAACAAAGAUUGGCCUCUAUAUCAACUGGAUGUUAAAAAUGCUUUUCUGAAUGGAGAUCUAAUAGAGGUCUACAUGAGCCUUUGUCUGGCUUUGAAGCCCAGUUUGGUCAACAGGUUUGUAAACUCCAAAAAUCCUUAUAUAGUCUGAAACAACCACCCAGAGCAUGGUUUGACAGAUUCACUACUUUUGUCAAGUCCCAAAGAUACAAUCAGGGACACUCUGAUCACACUUUAUUUACAAAAGUUUUCGAGACAGGGAAGAUUGCAGUUCUUAUAGUUUAUGUGGAUGACAUCGUUUUGUCUGGAGAUGAUCAUGCAGAAAUCAAUCAACUUAAGCAAAGAAUGAGUAAUGAAUUUGAAAUCAAGGAUUUAGAAAAUCUGAAAUAUUUCCUUGGAAUGGAGGUGGCCAGAUCUAAAGAAGGCAUCUCCGCGUCUCAGAGAAAAUACACCCUUGAUCUGUUAACCGAGACAGGUAUGUUGGGAUGUCGUCUCGCUGACACUUCUAUUGAAUUCAACUGUAAACUAGAAAACUCUGAUGAUCAAGUUUCAGUUGAUAAAGAACAAUAUCAACACCUUGUGGGUAAAUUGAUUUACUUAUCUCAUACUCGUCCUGAUAUUUCCUUUGCUAUGAAUGUUGUUAGCCAGUUUAUGCAGGCUCCCUGUGAGGAACACAUGGAAGCUAUCAAAAGAAUUAUGAGAUACUUAAAAACGACACCUGGUAAAGGGUUGAUGUUUAGAAAGAUAGACAAAAAGAUCAUUGAAACAUACACUGACUCGGAUUGGGCAGGAUCUGUUGUUAAUAGAAAGUCUACUUUCGAUUAUUGUACCUUUGUUUGGGGUAAUCUUGUAACUUCGAGGAGUAAGAAACAAAAUGUUGUGGCCAGGAGCAGUGCUGAGGUCGAAUAUAGAGCUAUAAGUUUGGGAAUAUGUGAGGAAAUUUGGCUUCAGAAAGACCUGUCUGAUCUUCGUCAAGAAUGUGACUCCAUUGAAGCUCUUUUGUGAUAAUAAAAC